UAACUGCCAUUCUCCCCAAAGGAAAUACAGCAAAACGUAUUACAAAAAGACUGAAGACCAUUCUGUGUUGUUUUACGGAUAUUCUAAUGUGAUACGUGACUGUUUAGUAGUAAGAGAGGCGUUUCCACGCUGGAUUUGUGUUCCCUCCCCCUCUUCUCUGUGACAGUGUGGGAUACUCCGUCUCUGCAGUCUGAACGUGAUGAACCGGCAUGGACGCCUGCGGAUUCCGCUAGUGUUCGUGCGUUUCGUUUGAAAUGUUUCGCGCUGUUUGGGAUUUUGAAAAAAGACCUCAAGACUGACAAAUGCAAGAAUACAUGAUGUCAUCGCCUUGAAAGUAAUUCUGGGAGCGUCCUUUGGCGUGUUCGUGUUUAAUAUAGGAUUCACGAAGUAAAGGGAGAAAAUGACCUACGCUGGCAGUUGAAUCUCAAACACACAGACUCCGAGUGAGCUGGACGUGGGCCGUCCCGUAAUCCCCGCACGUCGGGUACAGGGACUAUGGGUGAUGGGGGCGUCGGUGUGGGGGUGAAUCAGUCCCAUGUGCUGUUUGACCGCUUCGUCCAGGCCACCACCUGCAAAGGCACUCUCAAGGCUUUUCAAGAUCUUUGUGACUUCCUGGAACUCAAGCCCAAUGAAUACCGCGUGUUCUACCACAAACUUAAGUCAAAGCUCAACUACUGGAAAGCCAAAGCUCUCUGGGCCAAGUUAGAUAAGCGCGCCAGCCACAAAGAAUACAAAAAAGGAAGAGCCUGUGCCAAUACUAAGUGUCUGAUCAUCGGAGCUGGGCCAUGUGGUUUACGUACCGCCAUAGAGCUGGGCUUCUUGGGAGCCAAGGUUGUUUUGCUGGAGAAAAGGGACGCGUUUUCCCGAAACAACGUGCUCCACCUUUGGCCUUUCACUAUUCAGGAUCUGAGGGGUCUCGGAGCCAAAAAGUUCUAUGGCAAGUUCUGCGCUGGAGCCAUCGACCAUAUCAGUAUUCGACAGUUGCAGCUGAUGCUUUUGAAGGUUGCUCUUCUCCUUGGCAUUGAGAUUCACGUCAAUGUGGAAUUCAAAGGCCUCAUUGAGCCACCAGAAGACCAAGAGAAUGAGAGAAUUGGGUGGAGAGCUGAUGUUCACCCCAAAACACAUCCAGUUAAUGAGCUGGAGUUUGAUGUCAUCAUCGGAGCUGAUGGGAGGAGAAACACACUGUCAGGGUUCAGGAGGAAGGAGUUCAGGGGCAAACUGGCUAUUGCUAUUACAGCCAACUUCAUCAACCGCAAUACGACUGCAGAAGCAAAGGUGGAGGAGAUCAGUGGAGUCGCCUUCAUCUUCAACCAGAAGUUCUUUCAGGACCUCAGAGAAGCCACAGGGAUUGACCUUGAAAACAUCGUCUACUACAAGGAUGACACACACUACUUUGUAAUGACUGCCAAAAAGCAAAGCCUGCUGGAGAAAGGUGUCAUUCUGCAUGACUACACAGACACAGAGAUGCUGCUCUCCAGGGCAAAUGUUGACCAGAAGGCUCUGCUCUCCUACGCCAGAGAGGCGGCCGAUUUCUCCACCAACCACCAGCUUCCUACGCUGGACUUUGCCAUCAACCACUACGGCCAACCUGACGUCGCCAUGUUUGACUUCACCUGCAUGUACGCCUCAGAAAAUGCCGCACUGGUCCGCCAGUGCAAUGGGCAUAAGCUGCUGGUGGCGUUGGUGGGAGACAGUCUUCUAGAGCCAUUCUGGCCAAUGGGCACUGGAAUAGCGAGAGGAUUCUUGGCAGGGAUGGAUGCAGCGUGGAUGGUGCGGAGUUGGGCUCAGGGAAACUCUUCUUUAGAAGUGCUGGCCGAACGGGAAAGUAUCUAUCGCCUGCUCCCUCAAACGACGCCCGAGAACGUGAGUAAGAACUUCGGUCAGUACAGCGUUGAUCCAGCCACACGAUACCCAAACAUCAGCCUCCACCAAGUGAGACCAAACCAGGUGCGACAUCUCAUAGACACCGGAGAGACCAGGGAUUUGCACAUUGACAUGGAGAAUGUGGUCAACUCUUCAACCCCUAAACUCACAAGAAACGAACUUCAACUUGAGAAGCAUUUGCAAGAAUCCAUCGUGCGCUCCAGUAAGCUGCUGAACUGGUGUCAGAGGCAGACGGAGGGCUGCAGAGGUGUCAGCGUGUCUGAUCUCACCACGUCCUGGAAGAGCGGUCUGGCCCUGUGCGCGCUCAUCCACCGAUACAGGCCAGACCUCAUUGACUUUGACUCUCUGGAUGAGAAGGAUGUGGAGAAGAACAACCAGUUGGCAUUUGACGUGGCUGAAAAAGAGUUUGGGAUUUCUCCCAUCAUGACCGGGAAGGAGAUGUCUGUUGUGGUGGAGCCUGACAAGCUCUCAAUGGUGAUGUACCUCAGCCAGUUCUACGAGAUGUUCAAGGACACUGUGCCACCUGUUGAAAAUCACAACCUGAGUCCUGAGGAGAAGGCAGCGUUGUUUGCCAGCACUAAAUCACCCAUCUCAUUCCUCAGUAAACUGGGUCAAAGCAUCGCCAUCUCACGCAAACGAAACCCAAAGGACAAAAAGGAAAAGGAACUGGAUGGAUUGGGGAAAAGAAGAAAGACCAGCCAGGCAGGACAAUCAGAGGAUGAUGAGAUGCUGAGGGUUCAUCUAGACGACAGGCCCUCUUUAGCGACAGCCCUGACAGAACGUAAAAUCGAGUCUGCUGCAGCAGCUAACAACAACAACAGAGUGAAAUCGAUGGCCACACAGCUGCUAGCAAAGUUUGAAGAGAACGCUCCAGCACAGUCUACUGGACUGAAGAGACAGGGAGAUUACAUGCCCAGCCUGGGGCUCCUCAUGACCCCGUCUGCGACUCCUCCCUCUCUGAAAGAGUCUGUGCGUCUUGGCCCGGUCCCGGCAUGGAGGAAGAGGCGAACACAGUUACAGGAGCAGAUGAGUUUCCGUUAUAAGGAAAGACUGAAGUGUCAAACUCUGCCCAGCAGACGAGAGCAGGCCAGCAGUGGUUCUGAAGUCUUGAGGAGCUGCCCUAAAGAAACCUUUCUCCUCUCUUCCUCCUCAACUUCAUCUUCAUUCUCUUCAUCAUUUCUACUACACGCGCAGGAAGCUAUACAAGAAUUAGAGCCAAUACACAUCCCUAGCAUUCAAGAGAGAGCUGAGACUCUAACCGCUAAGUUUACAAGCAAACCUGCAAGGAAGAACAAGCCACAGGUGAUGAAAAAGCCGUCUCGGUUCUUUGAGCAGUGGCUUUUGACCCACAGCUUCAGUCCUGAGCGACCCCUCCUGCCCUCUGACCCCCAGCAUCAGGAGAUGGAGAUUUUGCGAUCUGAUGAUCAUGUGCCUUUACACAUCCCCAGCAUUCAGGAGAGAGCAGAGAGGUUAGCUUCUCAGUUCAAAGACAAACCAGCAAAACCAAAGUCUAAGAGAAAGCCGUCACAGUUCUUCAUAGAGCAGUGGUACAGAGCGUGUGAUGUGAGCUCUGAUCUCCCGCGGUUCUCACCCGGCUCUUUCCGGCAGCAGUACGUAGCGAUGCACACAGGGGGCGUGAGCUCACUGGCUGAGCAAAUAGCCAAUCAGCUUCAGGCUCAGGAUGACCCCAGGCCCCUUCUUGAGAAAAGGGAUUUGGGUUCCUUGCGUAAGGAGUUUCCUCAGAAUAUUGGCGGCAGUGACGUGUGUUUCUUCUGUCGGAAGCGUGUUUACGUGAUGGAACGUCUCAGCGCAGAGGGAAAGUUCUUCCAUCGCAGCUGCUUUAAAUGUGACUACUGCGGCACGACCCUCCGUCUGUCCUCAUACGCCUUCGACUUAGAGGACGGGAAGUUUUACUGUAAACCGCACUACUGCUACCGACAGUCUGGUCUGGCACAGAGAAAACGGCCUGCACCCGCUCCAGCUCCAGUAAACCCGAAGGAGCCCCAGGUGUCGGCUGUAACCCCCAACACAGUGGACGCCGCAGGCCAAGCCGUAACCUCUCAAGCCCCUGUGGAACGCCGGCCCUCAGGGUCAGAGGUGAAUGGGGUUGUGGAGCCCAGCGUGGCCAAGCGUCUCAAAGGGACUCCAGAAAGAAUCGAGCUGGAGAACUACCGUCUGUCUAUGAUGAGAGAGGAGGAGCUGGAGGAGGUGCCGGAAGAGACUCUUGCUGAACACAACCUCAGCAGUGUGCAGAACAAAGUAUCCGACGUGGGGGAGGGAUCCAGUAGCUCAGAGUCUGAUAUGGAGGAAGAGGAUGAAGAACCAGAAGCGGCCGGCCCGUCUGAUCUGGGUGGAGUGCCUUGGAAGGAGGCGGUGGAGCUUCACGCUCAACUGAAAGGAGGAAGUGACCCUGGAGCCGCAGAAGACGAUGACGCUCUCGGAGAAAUGGAGGAGGAUGAAGAGGAAUACGAGGAAGAUGAAGAUGAGGAGGAGGAAGAGGAGUCAAGUGAUGCGGGAGAAUAUUUCCCCUGGCAAACAGAGCUUCAGUCAGGUCUUUGGCUGGAGAAUCUCACAGAUGAAGAGGAUACGGGUAGAUUUAAAGCCAGAAACCUGCAGAUUCAGCAAUCCAUACAGCCAGUGGACCCGCUGGACAUUCAGAUGAACAGCCACUGGACUCCCGUACAGACUGAAGGAGUGAAGGACGGCGCCUUUGUGUCACCCUCAGGCUCUCAGCCCUCGCUCAACACCCAACUCACCCAGCCCACCUCCUCCACAGCCCCUUCCCACAAGUCCAUGCGUCAUGAGGCUGUCAGAGCCUGGUUGGAUUCAUUAUCUGGAGAUCCCUGUGAAGAGGAGGAUGACCCGGAAGCAGAGGCAGGGAGUCCUGACAUGGAGCCGGGCUCUGAAUUAGAUCAAGAGGACAUUCCUUCAGACGCUGAGGCUGAAGCUCGUUCACACUGUUUAGAUGAAGGGGUGACGCUUCCAGGGGAAAAAGGCAAACCAGAGUGCCAGGGACAAGUUUCCGUAACUGAGAAAACAGCUGCAGCUCCAAGGGAACUGAUUGUUGACGUCGUGCUAUCUCCUAUCCAAAAACCUGCUUUACCCAUUGAGGAGUUUAAAGAGUCUUCUCCUGUAAUAUUGGUGAAAUCUCCAGGGACGCGUUUCUUCCCUGAGCCCAAUUUACCCGAAGAUGUCAAACCAAGCGUUCCACCACCACAGACUCCUGAUGCAAAAAGUCCCCGUUUUCCUGUUGCUCAAAUUCUUAUGGCAUCCCCAAUCUGCUCCCAGCCUGUUCCACAACCAGAAACAGUGUCUCCCAAAUCUCCUGUCCAGCCCCAGCCAUGUGCCUGUUCUCCAGCAGGUAAUCCUUUGUCUCCAAUCUGCGCCCAGUCACAACCCUGCCAUGAGCCAACCUCACCCCUUUUCACAAGCUCCCCAGUCAGGACUCAGCCGGUCCCGGCCAUCACAUGCACUCCUUUAGCUAAACCUGCUUCUGAGAAGAGAACCGAGGAACCUUUGAAUGCUCCAAAAGAUUCAGAGGCAACUCCUGUAAAGAAGACAGACCUCAUCGAGGAGUUCUGGAUGAAGAGCGCUGAAAUCCGAAAGAGCUUAGGACUCUCUCCUCUUGACAGAAGCCAAACAACAGCAGAGAAGAGCAUUGUGAAAGCUCUAACCCUUGAAUCACCCUCACCCAAGUCUUAUACCCCAGAGGACCUCUCUGAAGAACAGAAGCCAACCUUCACAGGUCGAUCAAUCAUACGUAGGAUCAACAUUACUUUGGAAGGACAGGUCAUAUCUCCUGUUGAACCCAAGAGUAAUGGUUCGGAUAAGAAGGACUUGAGCAGCAGUUCAGGAUUGGGUCUAAAUGGAAGUGUGACCACCAGUCAGACAGCAGCUAGUGACAGCUACAACAACUCUGACUCCACCAUGCUCACCCCUCCAUCCAGCCCUCCUCCACCUCCACCCAAUGAGGAGCCAGCCUGCCUCAAGAACAAAAAGGUUUCUUGGGACAACCUCCUAGAAGCCACAGAGGAGCCCAAAUCUGAAACUACGCCUUCUAAACCGAAGACUCCAGUCAGUCCUCCUCAACCAAAACCUGUCACGGCCCCAGUGGCGGCUCCUCGAGCUAACCCACCUGUUGUGAUGAGGGUAAAAGAACCAAAUAAACCACGCAGGGAGGAAGUGAGGAAGUCUUUUGUGGAGUGCAUAGAUGAGAUACCAUUUGCUGACGAUGUGGAAGACACGUACGAUGACCGCACCCCUGAUACAAGCGCUCUGGAAAAGUUUUACACACCACCGACAAGCAAGGUCAGCCGGGAAAAACCACCUUUCCACCUGGCAUUGGCAAUGGAAAACGGUAAGCCCAACAUUCCUGGAAGUGUGUCCCGGACUACAAAGGGUUCCCAACAGUUCUCAACGGAAGCCAAGGAAAUUGCAGAAGAGCGGAUAAGGGCACGGGAAAAGUCUGUGAAGAGCCAAGCUCUGAAAGACGCCAUGGCCCAGCAGCUCACUAAGAUGAAAGAAUUGGAGGCUGCCAAGGGCGCUGUGGCAAAAGUUGCCUGGAAUGUUACUGAGGCAACAGGGAAAAACGAAAAGCAUUCAAAAGCCCCCAAGGACUCUGCUGUAAAAGCCUUGGAGUCCAAAAAGCAGACGGAGGUGCUCCCUGAUCAUUUCUUUACCUCUCCGGUCAUUAAGACCUUGGACAGUUCUGUCACUUCUUCAGAGAGCUCCACUGGGGGCAAAAGCAAGAAACGCAGCUCACUUUUUUCUCCACGUAAGAACAAAAAGGAAAAGAAAGCCAAAAAUGAAAGUAGACUCUCUGGCACUGAAAAGACACCACCCAAGCACAAGUCUCUAUGGAAGGCGGUCUUUUCCGGCUACAAGAAAGACAAAAAGAAGAAAGAUGACAAGUCGUGUCCAAGCACACCCUCAAGCUCUACAACUGCAGAUUCAGGGAAGAAAAAACAGCCUUCUCUGGACAGGUCCUCAGAUUUACGUUUGCGAAGAAAUCUCAGCUUUUCCGAGGACUCUGAUCUCUCCUGUGAUGAUGUUCUGGAAAGAUCUUCUCAGAAGUCCAAGGCUGAUUCUGUUUAUGUACCUCAUGCAUUGGCGUUCAAGAGAUCGUAUGCUACAAAGAAGACGUACACAGAGGAGGAACUCAAUGCCAAACUGACUAGGAGAGUGCAAAAAGCAGCACGAAGGCAAGCCAAACAAGAGGAGCUCAAGAGGCUCCACAGAGCCCAGAUCAUUCAGAGGCAGUUGGAGCAGGUGGAGGAGAAACAGAGACAGUUAGAAGAGCGAGGGGUCGCUGUGGAGAAAGCUCUGCGAGGAGAAGCAGGCUUGUAUAAAGGUUCUAGUGUUAGUCCAAAACAGCGUAAGAGACACUCAGACUAUUGGGGAGAGUCUAAUUACAGUGAGAUCCUGGAUUUGCAUCUGGGCGGAAUGGGUAAAAAGGACGAUCCAAAACUGAUGCAGGAAUGGUUUAAACUGGUGCAGGAGAAGAAUGCCUUGGUGCGCUACGAAUCGGAGCUGAUGAUAUUUGCUCGUGAGCUGGAGUUGGAGGACAGACAGAGUCGACUGCAGCAGGAUCUGAGAGAACGCAUGGCGGUAGAAGAUCAUCUAAAGACCGAGGAGGAGCUGGCAGAAGAGAAGCAGAUCUUGAAUGAGAUGUUGGAGGUGGUGGAGCAGAGAGAUUCUCUGGUGGCCCUUCUGGAAGAGCAGAGACUGAGAGAGAAGGAGGAGGAUAAAGAUCUGGAGGCCGUGAUGCUUUCCAGGGGUUUCAACUUGAACUGGGCUUAACAUAUCAAAGACAGAAAGAGCCCUUUUUUUUUUCCAGGUCACGGUUCGGCUCGCCGACGGUUCUCGCCAGUUUCACUGCAGGGAGUGUAAAGAUUGCAGAAAGAGUCCGCCAACAGCGUUUACAAAUCCACUCGCGAGCACAUUGAUGAUGUUUACGAGUUCUGGCACGACUCUCAGCAGCCAAGGCAUCAGUUCUCUCAAUCAGUUUGGAGAUUUUUUUUUUUUGGUGUGUUUGUUAAUUUGACUGGGUUUUCCCACAGUUUUUGGUUUUGAAAAGGGACAUAUUCCUGCUGAUGUCGAGGAAGUCUGAGACUAAUGGAUCCUACACAAACUGAAAACACUAUUCUCAACGAAUGCCUGAUCAAUCAACGGUUACACUUUCAGUGGAAAGAGGUCUUUAGACUUGAUUUACUACAACAUUUUUCCACAUUGACUACUGACUGAAAAUCAGUCGCACUCCCUUCCCGUUUAAUAUAAUACACUCGAACCAUCAAUGAUUAUUUAUUAGGUGUGCUUCACAGAUAAGCAUGUGAUGAACCCUCAGUAUUUAACACAUAUCUUCGGUUUGUAGCGUGUAAAAACCUUUUUCAAUCUGUCAGUAGCCACCUAAUAAUAUAAGAGAUAUUGCUGUAAACUGGGAGCGAAACAACAUACUUAAUGUUGCAUUCUUUAAAUAUGUUAGAAGUGCUGAGAAAAACUCACUUCACCAUUGAUACUUAGAAGACUGACUGGUUUCCCUUCAGAAAUAUAUCCAAAAAACAGGUUGCAGUCAUUUAUAAUCCAUUAAUAUCUGCUGCUUGUACUAUAGUUUACAUAAAGCAGUGGAGUAUAUAUUAGUAUGUAAACUUGCUCAAUACAGAUUGUUCAUCAGAAUAUAUGUAUAUAUGUAUACACAAUACACAUUGAUAUACAAUCAGAUGCAUUUUGUUGGUUGGUCAGUAGUUUUACGAACAAAUAAGGUACCCACAGCAUUUGUGACUAUUUCAGAUCAGAUCAAAUGUGGAGAACGUGUCCGUUUUCACAUUUUAAUUAUUCUCCACCAAAGUUUGGUGUUGUAAACUUUCCACUGUCUUCGGUUUUAAAGCAACAUGCCUUUUUAACUUUUCAUGCAUCCACAGAGUUUUCUUAAGUUUGUAGAGUGAGUUUUUAUUUAUAAUUGUCUUUGUAAAAUAAUUUUAUAUCACAUAUUUUAACAACGCCAACUGACAUCAUUGCUGAUUAACAGCACCGUGGGUGCUCUAAAGUCUUGCUCGUUUCGGAACAGAUGAACAUGUUUGCCUUUUCUCCUAAGUGUACAUUUAAUUUUAGUCACCAUUAAAGAUGGGCACAAGUUUAUUUUUGCUUUGUAAGUACAGAUAACUGUGAAUGAAAACGUACACAUUGUCAACACUAGUUAUUUAGACUGUAAAAUGUUUGACAGAUUUUAUGGUAUUUAUUAACAUGUGUGAAAACUGUAGUAUAUGUAAAAAAAAAAAUAAAAAAAAAUGAAUCCUAAUUUUUUUAAAUAUGUUGUUGGCUCUUGAAAAUGCUUCAUCUUGCUAAUUUGCAUAUAGGGUGUUGGAUGUAUGCAGAGGCAAUAAACAAUGUAGUUGUUACAAA